AUGGAGCACGGCUCAGAGAGUCCAGGCCAGAGGGAGACCCCUGAGAGUCCAGACGCUUGGCGACCAUCGUCAGGAAAGGCCACGCGUCUAGAGCUGAACGGCAGCCCUGUCCGGCCACAAAGCCACUUUAACGGCACCUUACACCGACCUUUGGGAGGCCUGAUGAUCCCUGUCUACUGUGUGGUGGAGCGGGUGGGAGCGGGAGCAGGAGGUGGAGGAGGAGGUGCAGGGGAGGUGGGAGAGGAGCACGCUGAGUUUGUGUUGGUGCGCCGUGACCUCCUCUUCUCCCAGCUAGUGGAGACGGCUCUGCUGGCCCUGGGGUACUCCCUACAUGCAGCCGUGCAAGCACAGGGCAUCAUCAAAGUGGGACGCUGGAGGCCGAUGCCCAUCCAGCUGCUAACAGAUGCCCCUGAGGCCACAGUGGCCGACAUGCUGCUGGACGUUUAUCACAUGGUCACCCUACGCAUCCAGCUGCAGAGCUAUGCCAAACUCGAGGACCUGCCUUGGGAGCAGUGGACCCACUCCACAGUGCGCUUCGCCCUGAAGGAGCUCCUCAAAGAGAUGAACCAGAACUCCCUGGCCAAAGAGUGUCCACUGACUCAGAACAUGAUCUCCUCCAUCGUUAACAGCUCCUACUAUGCCAACGUCUCGUCCUCCAAGUGCCAAGAGUUCGGACGCUGGUACAGGAAAUACAAGAAGAUCAAAGGGGAGUAUCAGGAGAAGCUGUGGCAUGGGAGGGACAAGCCUGAAAUCAAAGUGGAGAGGGACGCCCUGGCGGACCUGUGCUCCCUGGGCCAGCGCCCCUUGCCUCUCUCGGCCCUCUCCCACUUCAGCUCAGCCCACCACCACCACCAGCAGCACCAGCAGCCAUCGCACCCCAAGUCCAGCUCCCAGCAUGCCCUCUCCUUACCCCCCAGCCCCCCUCUCCACUCCCCCGGGGGCCUGCCCGCCCCCCCACACCCUCCGGCUCCCCCUCCGAGCGUGCUGGGCCCUGGAGGCCUCCUGCAGUCCCAGCUCUCCCCACAGCUGGUGCGCCAGCAGCUGGCCAUGGCCCACCUCCUCAACCAGCAGCUCGCCUUCAGCCGCCUCCUGGCGCACCCCCACCCCAACGCCGGCCCGCACCCGCACCCGCACCCGCACCCGCACUCGCCGCUCAACCAGCAGUUCCUCAACCACCCGCCCAUCCCGCGCUCCGGCUCGGCCAAGGCCUCGGGGGGCCCCGAGGGGCCGGGCGGGGGGGCGGCGGGGGUGGGCCCCUCGGCGCAGGACGUCCCGCCGGACAUCUACAAGCAGGUGCGCGAGGAGCUGAGGAGGGCCAGCGUCUCCCAGGCGGUGUUCGCCCGCGUGGCCUUCAACCGCACACAGGGUCUCCUCUCUGAGAUCUUGCGUAAAGAAGAGGACCCUCGCUCUGCGUCGCAGUCUCUGCUGGUGAACCUGAAGGCCAUGCAGAGCUUCCUGAGUGUGCCGGAGGGGGAGCGCGACCGCAUCUACCAGGAGGAGCGGGAGAGGAACAGCAGCAGCAACGCCUCCAGCCUCACACACACCCCCAGCAGCAGCCCUGCAGCAGGGAGGCACAUACAGACGAAGGCUCCUCCUCCUCCUCUUCCUCACGUGGAGCUGCCGAUCAAGUUCGAGUCGCUGCUCAACAUCACGGCCGCCAUCUACGAUGAGAUCCAGCAGGAGAUGAAGAGGGCCAAGGUCUCCCAGGCGCUGUUCGCCAAGGUGGCCGCCAACAAGAGCCAGGGUUGGCUCUGUGAGCUGUUGCGCUGGAAGGAGAACCCGAGCCCAGAGAACCGGACCCUGUGGGAGAACCUGUGCACCAUCCGCCGGUUCCUGAUGAUGCCGCAGGCCGAGCGCGACGCCACCUACGAGGACGAGUCCCGGCACCACCACGCCGAGCGCGCUCACAGCCUGGCCGCAGAACUACAGGCACAACAUAGGCAGCACAUUCAGACUCUGAAGGAACCUCUGCCCAUGCACAUAGAGCCAUCACCCAUCAUGCUUUCCGAAGAGGCCAGUGUGGUCACUCAGAGGCUCGCUGUGUCCAGCAGAAGUGGCAGCAGCGGCGGCGGCGGCAGCAACGUCAUUGGCACCGGGGCGGGCAGCGGAGGAGGAGGGGGUUCCAAGAAGCCGCGUUCGCGCACCAAGAUCUCCCUGGAGGCGCUGGUGAUCCUGCAGAGCUUCAUCCAGGACGUGGGCCUGUACCCGGACCAGGAGGCCAUCCACACGCUGGCCGCCCAGCUGGGCCUGCCCAAGAACACCGUGGUCAAGUUCUUCCAGAACCAGCGCUACCACGCGCGCCACCACGGCCGGGCCAAGGAGCCCGCUGGAGACGCCGAGGCGGAGGAGGAGGAGGAG